GCGUUUGCUCUUUGGGUCAAACAGAAAGGCUGUAUAAAAAAAACGAAAAAAGAAUGAAUAAAUAAAGCAAACUAAAUGAAACUCAUUUGGUAAGUGUUAGUUGAUUUAAUUGCAAGAAACAAGCUCCCCUUGGAAAUGGAGUAUUUUAAUAAGCCAUGGAAACGAACUGGAUGAAAAGAAUGCAUCUUAAUGAGACGCAUCUGUUGCGCAACGAAAGAGCAAGCGCUUCAGGAAAAGAAUGUUUAAACAAUCAACUAAAGCAUUUCCUCUAAUAAUGUCGGCGUUGUCUCUACUAUACGGUUGAAACACAACCCUCAGUUCUUUGGAGUAAUAGUAGUGUUUCAACUUAAAUUCUUGUAGUAACUACACUUUUUCAAAAACCCGCGGAGCGUUUUGUGGUGAAAUGCGAAAUACUGCGAUUUAUUUGCGCCUGAUGACAUACGCACAGGAUGAGGUACUGAAACAGUCUGGUCAGUGUGAGAUGGCCUAGCGACGAUGUCUCAGCUGUUCUUCCGCCGCUCGGACAUCUCGUCGUACCGCGACCGCAUCCCCCUGCGCAUCGUGCGGGCGGAGUCGGAGCUCUCCGCGCAGGAGAAGGCCUACCUGAGCGCGGUGGAGAAGGGCGACUACGCCAGCGUCAAGCAGGCCCUGGAGGAGGCCGAGAUCUACUUCAAGAUCAACAUCAACUGCAUCGACCCGCUGGGCCGCACGGCGCUGCUCAUCGCCAUCGAGAACGAGAACCUGGAGAUCAUCGAGCUGCUGCUGGGCUUCAACGUCUACGUGGGCGACGCCCUGCUGCACGCCAUCCGCAAGGAGGUGGUGGGGGCCGUGGAGCUCCUGCUCAACCACAAGAAGCCCAGGGGGGAGAAGCAGCAGGUUCCGCCGAUUCUGUUGGACAAGCAGUUCUCGGACUUCACCCCCGACAUCACCCCCAUCAUUCUGGCCGCGCACACCAACAACUAUGAGAUCAUCAAGCUGCUGGUGCAGAAGGGCGUGUCCAUGCCCCAGCCGCACGAGGUGCGCUGCAACUGCGUGGAGUGCGUGUCCAGCUCGGACGUGGACAGCCUCCGCCACUCCCGCUCCCGCCUGAACACCUACCGGGCGCUGGCCAGCCCCUCCCUCAUCGCCCUGUCCAGCGAGGACCCCUUCCUCACCGCCUUCCAGCUCAGCUGGGAGCUGCAGGAGCUGAGCAAGGUGGAGAACGAGUUCAAGUACGAGUACGAGGAGCUGUCGCAGCAGUGCAAGCGCUUCGCCAAGGACCUGCUGGACCAGACCCGCAGCUCCCGCGAGCUGGAGACCAUCCUCAACUUCCGCGACGACGUCAACCUCCUGGAGGAGGAGACCAACUGCGACCUGGCCAGGCUGAAGCUGGCCAUCAAGUACCGCCAGAAGGAGUUUGUGGCCCAGCCCAACUGUCAGCAGCUGUUGGCGUCUCGUUGGUAUGAUGAGUUUCCAGGUUGGAGGAGACGACACUGGGCGGUGAAAUUUAUGACCUGCGUCUUCAUCGGACUCAUGUUCCCCCUCUUCUCCCUCUGCUACCUCAUCAUUCCCAAGAGUCGCUACGGCCUCUUCAUCCGCAAGCCCUUCAUCAAGUUCAUCUGUCACACGGCUUCCUACUUGACCUUCCUCUUCCUCCUCCUCCUGGCAUCCCAGCACAUCGUCUCCACAGACCCCCUCCGCCAAGGCCCUGCUCCCACCGCUGUGGAGUGGAUGAUCUUGCCCUGGGUCCUGGGUUUCAUUUGGACGGAGAUCAAACAGAUGUGGGACGGUGGGUUUCAGGAUUACAUCCACGACUGGUGGAACCUGAUGGAUUUUGUCAUGAACUCCCUGUACCUGGCCACCAUUUCGUUGAAGAUCGUCGCAUAUGUAAAGUACAGGAGCUGUAAGCCUCGUGAGAACUGGGAGAUGUGGCACCCGACGCUGGUGGCGGAGGCCGUGUUCGCCAUCGCCAACAUCUUCAGCUCGCUGCGGCUCAUCUCCCUCUUCACCGCCAACUCGCACCUGGGGCCGCUGCAGAUCUCGCUGGGCCGCAUGCUGCUGGACAUCCUCAAGUUCCUCUUCAUCUACUGCCUGGUGCUGCUGGCCUUCGCCAACGGCCUCAACCAGCUCUACUUCUACUACGAGACCGACGAGAAGAAGUGCAAGGGCAUCCGCUGCGUGACGCAGAACAACGCCUUCUCCACCUUGUUCGAGACCCUGCAGUCGUUAUUCUGGUCCAUAUUUGGACUCAUCAGCCUGUACGUGACCAACGUCAAGCCCGACCACAAGUUCACAGAGUUUGUUGGCGCCACCAUGUUCGGCACGUACAACGUCAUCUCCCUGGUGGUCCUCCUGAACAUGCUCAUCGCCAUGAUGAACAACUCCUAUCAGCACAUAGCAGACCACGCCGACAUUGAGUGGAAAUUUGCGCGGACAAAGCUGUGGAUGAGCUAUUUCGAGGAAGGAGGCACUCUACCAUCGCCUUUCAACAUAAUCCCCAGCCCCAAGUCCGUAUGGUACCUCAUCAGAUGGCUAAAGAAUCAAUUUUGCAAAACAUCAAGAUCCAGAAGACCGGAAAGGUUUGGAACCUUAGGGAGACGGACAGCAGAAACCUUGAGAAUAAACCAUCAGUAUCAGGAGGUGCUGAGAAAUUUAGUCAAGAGGUAUGUGGCUGCAAUGAUCAGGGAUGCCAAAACAGAGGAGGGGCUGACCGAGGAAAAUUUCAAGGAGCUGAAGCAGGACAUCUCCAGCUUCCGGUACGAGGUUCUGGGGCUGAUGAAGCACAACAGGCCCUCCAGCCUGGGGGGCAAACUCGGCGUGAGUUCGUCCAGCUUCGUCUAUCCCGACCACCCCUUCAGGUACUCCCCAGCAUGCACCGCUGCCCAGGAUAAGGGCACGCUGACCCUCUACAGCGGCACCAGCCUGCUCCAGCAUGGUGACGCGGCUGCCGGCGGCUCCGAGGCUCACGGCGGGCUGUCCAACGGUUUCCCAAACUCUGGCCCCUCCCCCUCCCCUGGCCCCGCCCCGAGUACCGGCGACAACACCUCGUCCUCCAAGGAGAAGUUGCCCCGGAAGGACUUCCCGAAGGACAUCACUGACUUGAGGCUCUUCCAGAAGAGUCACAAGAACAAGAGCCCGGGUUUGAGCCCCUGCACCAUAUACUCUGUCUCUGAGGAGGAGGGGGAGUCUGACCCGGAGGACCCGCCCUGCCGAGACGAGGAGGGAGAGGAGGAAGGAGAGGAAGAGGAGGCGGCGAGUCAGGAGGAGGCAGAGGUGGAGGCGGAGGAGGCAAAGGAGAUGGACAGGUUUCUGCAGGGGCAGACUCCUGAGGAGGAAACUCGCGUCUCCUCUUCAGAAGGGGGUUCGACCCUCCCCUGAUUCCACAGGUGAAACCCGGGAGGGGGGGAGGGGGGCGGGUUUACACAACAUGGGCAUGACUGUUGGAUUGCGAGACUGACAAUCAGGUUUGUGUGCCUAGGAGACUUCCUUUUCUCUGCCAGUGUGUCCCAGGGAUUCCUUGACUGCUCUCAGAACGAGGUGCGGACCGGAAGAGAUCGAUGCCUGUACAGUUUGGGGGUGGCGAAGUUGGAAAAAACCGUUUUCUGUAUCUCUAGAAAUGUGUGUUUUUUUUUUUUGUAUAGGAAUAUUUUUUUUUUUUAGAUCAAUUUGAGGGUAAUUACAGACUCAGGGAAACUUGUGGUGUGUAAGGCAGGAAAAGAUAAAGUUCUCUUGAUUUCUUUAACGACACAGGCCUUGGCUAUCUGGGGCCUGUCGUUAAGGAAUGAAAGGUUCGGUUAACUGGCGUCCGCUCCUCAGAGAGUCUCAUUACUGAAAAACGGCACAUGUAUCCAGGCUUGUACCUAUUUAGCAGAGACAGUUGCGAUAACUGAAUUCCUUUAUGUGAUGUGCAUUACUUUCUCUUAUCUUACACAGUGAAGCGCAGCGGUCCUUAUCCUUAUAAAGCCUGUACUCCGCACUCUGCCUUAGUAUAUACAGCACUCCCUCGUUAUACCGCGAUUUUAGGAAACAAAAUGGCCGCAACAAGCUGUAGACCGAGUCAAACGUAGCACAAUAUUCGGGUCAUCUGAUUUUCAGAAACCAAUGACAUGUCCUCACUGCUGGUGCGCCUUCUUGAAUGCUAACGUUUUUUUUUUUUUUUACCAAUAUGUAAACAACAAAAAAACAAAAAAAUUUCAACAGCAAUGAAACACUUCACCAAUAUGUCUUUUCUUUCUAGGUGACAGCCCACUGCACAACCCCCCCCUCCCCCAAAAAAAAAAACUGAAAAAAAACUAAAGACAACACUAUUCUCUGUUACAUUAGUGGAGUCAAAUUAUACAGAGCAACAGCAAGUGUGGUAAUCGUACUCUAACAAGGGAGACCUGUAAUCUUUAUUUUGCACUUUACUUAUAUGUAGAAGAAUGUGGGGGUUUGAUGUUUUUGAUGCAAAACAGAUAUCUUUAUAUUCAUUUAAUACAUUUUCUAUGCAAACCUUUAGAUUUAUUCAGUUUUAGCCUCCAGGGUUAAAUUGAUCAACAGGGAUGAACAGACACAGCCUGGCUUAGUUUUAAUUUCUUCCAUUACAGUACCAUACUGCAGCCUCAAUCACUGGGUUGUUUUUCUUCAGUAUUUUUACAGGCAGUACUAAUUCAUAUCUAGUCAAUAUUAAAGUUGUGUAUUGGAGCAGUGCAUUUGCAGAAAAUCAAUAGUAAGUUUUUUGUAACAGACUUGGCAUGGUUAUGUGUAUUUCAUGCAAAAAAUAAACAUGCAUUUUUUUUUCUUUUCUUGUUUAUGAAGCACUGAUUAUGAUGGUUAUGAGUAUGAUGUAAUGAGUAUGAACACAUACAGUUUCAUUUUCCAUUCCAGAGCAUGAUGCUCAAGGUGUCAAUGCAUUUAAAAGUCAAUAAAUCAGUAAUAUACAAAUGGAUGUUA